GACACGGCCACGCCGGAGGAGGAGGGCGUCCGGCCCGCGGUGGCGGCGGCGGCGGCGGCGUGGCGUGGGCGCCGAGGCCGGGAGGGCCGCGGGGCGGAGCGGCGGGCCGCAGCCCCUGCCUCUGCGGUCCGAGAGCCUCACCCGGCGUUUCCGGGUCUCGUCAGAUGUGAAUCCGAUGGAGCGGCCCGGGGAAGGCGAGCAGCCGCAGCAGCAGCAGCCCUGGGGGAGGCUCCUCCGCUUGGACGCCGGAGAGGGCGAGCCGCACGUUCUCCUGAGGAAACGGGAGUGGACCAUCGGGCGGAGGAGAGGUUGUGACCUUUCGUUCCCCGGCAAUAAACUGGUGUCCGGAGAUCACUGUAAAAUCAUAGUGGAUGAAAAAUCUGGUCAGGUGUCACUGGAAGAUACCAGCACCAAUGGAACAGUGAUUAACAAGCUGAAGGUUGUUAAGAAGCAGACCUGCCCUUUGCAGACGGGGGAUGUCAUCUACUUGGUGUACAGGAAGAAUGAGCCAGAACACAAUGUGGCAUACCUCUACGAAUCUUUAAGUGAGAAGCAAGGUGUCACGCAAGACUCCUUUGAAGCUAAUAAAGAGAAUGUGUUCCACGUGACCAAAGAUACCUCAGGUGCAGGGCAAGGUGAUGACCCCCAGGUCCUGCCGUCAUCGCCCACCACUCAGGCGUGCUUUGAGGAACCACAGCCAUCGACGUCGACAUCAGACCUCUUCCCCACGGCUUCUACCUCUUCCAUGGAGCCCACCUCUGCAGGGCGAGCGCCUUCCUCCAGCUCUGGCUCCGGAGACGCAGGCGUUUCCCUGAAAGAGUGUGGUCCAUCUGUGGCGGGUGAUGAAAUCCCUACCUUUCCUUCAGCUCUCCCAGACGGAGAGGGGGCUUCCUUCUCUCUGUCAGAGCCCCGGGGUCAGGAGGACCUGGAGCCCAGCAGGAAGAGAAUGAAAGGAGAUGGGGGGCCUGACGUGACCCUGCAGUUGCUGGCCGCAGACCAGUGUAGAGACACCCACGCUGCCCUGGGCAGUGUCCGGUCCGAGGCCGUGAAACCAGAUAAGAUGGAGGAGACACUCACGUGCAUCAUCUGCCAGGACCUGCUGCACGACUGCGUGAGCCUGCAGCCCUGCAUGCACACCUUCUGUGCGGCCUGCUACUCGGGCUGGAUGGAGCGCUCCAGCUUGUGCCCCACGUGCCGCUGUCCCGUCGAGAGGAUCUGUAAAAACCACAUCCUGAACAACCUGGUGGAGGCCUAUCUUCUCCAGCACCCAGACAAGAGUCGUAGCGAGGAAGAUGUGCGGAGCAUGGCUGCCAGGAACAAGAUCACACAAGACAUGCUGCAGCCCAAAGUCAGGAGGUCGUUCUCUGAUGAGGAGGGCAGCUCAGAGGACCUGCUGGAGCUGUCCGAUGUGGACAGCGAGUCCUCCGACGUGAGCCAGCCGUACAUCGUAUGCAGACAGUGCCCCGAGUUCCGGCGGCAGGCGGGCCAGGCCCUCUCCUGCCCAGGGCCUGGCAGCGAGCCAGGGGCGGCACCGGCUCCCGGGGACGCGCCCUCCACGUCCACCAGUGUCACGACAGCCCAGGAUUAUGUGUGUGCCCUGCAAGGAAGCCAUGCCAUAUGCACCUGCUGCUUCCAGCCCAUGCCUGACCGGAGGGCAGAGCGCGAGCAGGACCCCCGCAUCGCCCCCCAGCAGUGUGCCGUGUGCCUGCAGCCUUUCUGCCACCUGUACUGGGGCUGUGCCCGGGCCGGCUGCCUUGGCUGCCUGGCCCCGUUCUGCGAGCUAGACCUGGGCGACAGGUGUCUGGACGGGGUUCUGAGCAACAACCACUACGAGUCGGAUGUCCUCAAGAAUUACCUGGCAACCAGGGGUUUGACGUGGAAGAACAUGUUGACGGAAAGUCUGGUGGCUCUGCAGAGGGGAGCAUUUUUACUGUCCGAUUACAGAAUCACGGGGAACACCGUGCUGUGUUACUGCUGUGGCCUGCGCAGCUUCCGAGAGCUAACCUACCAGUAUCGGCAGAACAUUCCUGCUUCCGAGUUGCCCGCGGCUGUGACGUCCCGUCCUGAUUGCUACUGGGGCCGCAACUGCCGCACUCAGGUGAAGGCCCACCACGCGAUGAAAUUCAAUCACAUCUGUGAACAGACAAGGUUCAAGAACUGAGCAUCUAGGAGGCACCAAGGUGGCUUGGGGGUACCGGAGGUCAAUGACAGCGUUUCAGAAAAUACUGGCUACAGACAUUUUAAGGGUAUUUUAUAGUCCCCAGGGGAUGCUGGGGGUCUCUGUGUCCGGCACUGUAGUGUGACGACUCUUGUGGAGUGAGACCUUCUUAGUGAGACCCCCCCAACCCACUCCAGUGGCCUGGGAAGCCUGGGGCACGACCCACCCCUCCUCUGAGCUCUGCUGCCCGGAGCACUUCUGGCCGAAGCACCGCUGUCGCCGUCCCCUCCCAUUGAGACGAUGAUGUUCAGGUUUGCUCUCUGUACCUUUCCCAAAACUAUGGUUCCAACAGACCUCUCUCUUCAAGAAAGCUUUCAUGGGGGGAAAAGGAAAGUCUGUUGUUGAAAGGAAAGGGAGCAAAAGUUUACAGCCCGCGGGACACCCCGCAGCGGGUUCGGCCACGGCUGCUGAGACCUCUUUGUACUAGAUUUGGUGCUUAUCUUCUAGUGAGAUUUAUCACAAACGGUAGCACAAGUAAUAUAAUUUAUAAUUUACAAAUUGACUAAAAUUGGAAUAGUAGGGUAUUUGAAAGAAUAAACAUACGUUUCUGUUUAUUAGAAAAAGAAAAAAUCAGUUGUCCAGAACUGCUAACCCUAGACACCCAGCGUCAAGCGUGGGGCCCUGUCCUAAGAGAGCAGAAGUGGGGCGCUGCCACCGUGAGCCUGCCGUGGAGCCGGGCCCUGGCGCCUGCUUGUCGCUCUGUUGGCACAGCAGCCCCCGCCCGAGGCCCCACCAUUCUUCCCACAGGCUGGGUGGGCCCCGCCGGUGUCCAGCCCACCUGGAGCAGCCCCUCCCCCGAAAGUGCGAGAAGCCUUUGCUUCUACUAGAUCUGAUCUGCGUUGGGUUUGCCAUGUCAUCUGGAAUAAUACUUGAAAUUUUGUUCUUUGUUAAAAAAAAAUACGUUUUUUAUCUUUUGUUGAAAUCAUCUGUUAUUUUUGUUUGCAAAAUUGUAACUUUUUGCUUCUUCUCAGGAAUAGGAUUUUCAACUGUUGUCUUGCUCUUGAUAUGGACUCUGAGAAGCAGCGCUGUGUUUGUGGAAGAGGCCUGCUCCUCCCUGCGUUCUAAUAAACAAGCCGUGUCUGUUUCUCUCC